UCAUUCCGGUAUUAUGUAGACAUAUUCAGUGUUAUUUCAACGUUUGAAAGAUAAUUUUCAACAAAUAUGGCAUAGACGUUUAUGUAAUAGCUCCAAAAUGUCCUUCUAUUCUCAUAUUACAUUAACCUUGAAGUGUGAAGAAUAUUUGCAUUGUGUAACCGUGAGUAAAUUCCGGUCAUGUAUGUCAAGGUUUAGAUUCAGUGCACACUGUCUGGAAAUAGAAGUUUCAUUUUCUGCUAGUGUGCCCUGCAUAUACUCACCCACGCCAUCUCUGUAUUCCUUCAAAACAUUAUCUACACCCAAAUGUCCAUAAGUUUAAUAUUCUCUUAUCUACAACUAACACAAAGCUCAUCAUUAAUAUCGAGAGAGAGGGAUGCCUAAAUUCCGGUGUUAUGUCGACAUCUUUGGUGAGAGAGAGAGAGAGAGAUUUGCUUGAUCUUUGUGCUAUAUAAAGUUUGAUACAAGCUGCUACAUGGAUAUAGCCUAAUGGGGAUGUAUAUAUACGACCUCGAGAAAAGACUAUUGUACUAUUAUUAUAUGAGGUCGAUGGGCGUAGUAUUAUUAGGUCUCAGUGAAAGGUCACGUCGACCUGCGGUCUAGCUCAGCUAGGAAUAUCCCUGUCUAGCUCAUAAUAUUAUUACAGUUCUAUUUUCAUUGUAACUUAGGAAUCACGCCACAUAGAGACGCGCAUACCGAACGGGAGUGGAAGAGGAAGACGAUAUAGUCCUGAUGUUUUACAAUAAGAUUUGUCGUCUUGAUAAUUUUCUAACUUUCUGAAAUAAGAUAAUUGAAUAACGAUAGAAUGUUGAUGACAGAUAAGAUAAAAAUUGAUACAAUCAGUUAACAAACAUGUCUGCUUUGGGUUCGAUCGACAGACUUUUACACAAGUGACAACCACAAGCUGGACGCAUUAUCAGCGGUCUACCUAGAGUGACGUCCCUUACGUGUAGACGUGCGACAAUGCAGUCAAGGUUCUGUAUACUGAAGAAUUUAUAUUGUGCUCUACGAGAGAGUAGGGACCAUGGUCUAUCAAAGGAGACAUUUCGGCAGCUGCUGCUUGAAACACUUGUCACAGAUGAAGACCCACAUAGUAGGGAACACCUCAGAGACUUGGUCUUGUGUGAUUUGCAGGAGCCAUAUCAGCUGAAAACAGACAUCACUACCUGUCAAGGUGGUGGAAAUGUGGAUAUGACAAAGCAUUUUUCUUUAGACAAAUGUAGUGAAAAUUAUCAAAUUACAUGUGUGACAGAAAGGUUGACUGGUUUGUCAUAUAGUGUUAGGGCUACUGAAGCAGGUGCUUGUCUGAAGGAUGGAACAGUUGGAGAUCGUAUUCCUACUAACUCUCCAGGAGCGCCUCCACAUGCUUGCAUCUUGACAAACAGACGUAAAACAACAGAUAGCUCUCCCUACAGCAGUGUGCACCCUAAGCCAGCAGUACAUUUGAGUAACCAAGUGGUCACUGGUGGGCGUGAGGUGAGAACUGACCACACUGGUUACACAUGUAGAGAGGAGACGCUGCUGAUGUUGUCGUGUGUGACGCUGGUGGUGGGGGCGGGGCAGUGUACAGGACACCCAGGUGUCGGGGUGUGUGCUGAGCAUGAGGCAGGGUGUCUGGAUGUUGGACAGUCUUCUGAAGGGGUUCACUCUGUGCCCAAGAGAAGACAUGUACACCUGAAUGGCACUGACGAUUCAUUAAUAGAGGAUUUGAAGGAGAUGAACAUUCUUACAGUUUUGCUGAAGCUGUCACACAGUAGGGAUAUGUUCAUCAAAUACACUGCUUCCAAAGCCAUUCUUGCUGUGGUGAAAUGUCCAUCUUUCAAUAGCACGAGGGAGUGUUUCCUGGAGGAGGUUAUGUUUGGGGUGACCAACUCGAGGCGGGCGUCCGUCAGGACCUCCAACAUGGAGUUACUGAAACACUUCAUGUCAAACAGACAUGGCCUGGAUCUUAAUACAUGGUGCCAUCAACAUUUGACCUCAUCAAAAAUAUUGAAAGCUGAAUAUGUUGAAACUAUCUUGAGAUGUAGAGAACCUCAGUGCAUUGAUGAACUCAACAUGUUUCUGACAUUAUUACAGAAAAUUGUCAAAUUUGUACAUAAAUUUGAAAAAGAAUUGAAAGAAAGUUAUUUAGGAUCAUUACUGGAUUCGAACCAAGAACAUCUGCUCCAGUUCCUGGUAAGAUCCUUGCAGUGCAUCAAUAAACCAGAGGGGAGAAUUCUGUGUAAAAAGACACUGGAUAUUUUCAACACAUUUCUCCCCUAUGGCAGCCAUCUUGCAGAGAGGAAGGAUAUCGCAAGUGUUUACAGCCUAAUGUGUGAGAAACUGCUAUCUGAGUUGUGCCCGUCUGCCUUGACGUCUGCUCCCUUCGUCUGUCAUUUUGUGUGUUUUGGUGGCUGCCAUGUUGAGGGGACACAGGCCCGAAGUCAAAAUGGAGAUCUGGCUCUUCUCAGGAAGCUGACCCUAGUCUUGCUUAAAGCGUGUGCCAUGAUAGUGAGAUUGACCACAGAAGUCCAUGCACGCCGGCAUUUGGUAUCCACCUGUCUCAACUGCAUAUCUCAGCUCAUGCAAAAGACAUUUGAAGCCCAAAACCUGCAGUGGCUCCCCCUGGUGUUCGGGGACCAGGACGAUGCGUGGUUAGAGGUGCUGCUGUGUUUGUUGGACAUCUACCUGAACACAUUGAGAUUGAGCCCAGAUUCGACUCUGCUACACCAAGUCAACCCUCAUCCCAUCUUCCUCGAGUUCAUGGAGUCCAACGAUCACAUGGUCCUGGUCGACCUCUUGACCUCCCCAGAGACUUGCUUCCUGCUCUACUUCCUGUGUUACCUAAAGUGUCUCGUGUGUGAAUGGGACAAGUUUGUAACAGCGUGUCAUCUUAGAUUCUGUGUGUCCAAGGAAGAACUCGUGGCUAUUAAAUUGAGUGGACGUGAUGCUUCCAGAUUGUCAGACCAAUCAUCACACGAGGCGUAUAGCAGUAUAUCAGAUCACCAUUCUCAGUUUGCAAAGGAUAUGAACAAAUAUUUACAGAACUCAGUAAAGAUAGGCCAACCAAAUGGUAGGGAUGGUGAAUAUGUAAGCUCAGAAAGCAGCAAAACAUUGACUGUAUGUUCAGGAGCUAUAACAUCCUCUCCUUCACAACCAACUACUGCACGUCCAUCUCUUGCACAGCAAACUACUGCACGUCCAUCUCUUACACAGCAAACUCCUGCACGUCCAUCUCCUGCACAACCUUCUCCACAACCUAGUCUCACACAAUCAAGAGUACACUGUAGUGGGUUGUCCUAUCUGACCACAUACAGUGACAGUGAUGAUGGUGAUGAUGGAGACAUAUGUUCUGCCACAACACUGACACAGGUGGUCAUGUUGACCCCUGGAACAGUGCCACCUGUUGUCAAACCCAAACAAACUACCUCGUUAAGUGUUUCAGGGGACGAGCUUCAUGAAAACCCUUGUGGGAGGUCCUUAUCAGAGAGUCCAUGUCUAAAUAACCCAUGCUGUGAAGCCACAUCAGACAGUGUACAUCAUACAUCACUCAACACUUUGGCCCUGCCACCAGGGGGCAGUGUAAUGUCAUGUGAUUUACAGUGUGUGGAGAGUGUGAUGAGUGAACUCAUCCGAGUUGGAUUGAGAAUUGAGAGACUGUCGAGUCAGCAACUGUUCCCCUACAACGCAGGGCCCCUGUUGUCAUUGCUUGAACAAUGUGAGCUUUUGUAUGAAGGAAUGGAAGCUCAUAGACAUGGACAAUAAAUCAGAUAUCACAGUUUUGUAA